CAGACCGUCAGCCAUCACGGGCUUGCCCAAACAAUUUCUCAACGCAAUCACCACCACCUCCACCACCACCUGCACCACCAACUCUCUACGGCUCUCUUGUGUAUCUCUCUCCUUCCUGUUGCUCACUUCUCUUGUUCCUCCUUCUUCCUUCUCUUCGUCCUCUAUCAACCAUCCAUCGCGUCCUUUACUGCUCGCGUUAUCUAUCUGUCUAAUACAACACCUGGUCACUUCCUCCUUCGCAUCCUCCUCCUCCAAGACCAGAGAGCUUGCUUUCGCUCGUCAUAUCACCAAAUUCUUCAAAACUCACGUCAACGACCCAACCGCCACAAUGGGUGACUCCUUGCUCCACCAGGAAUACGGUCGUACUCGUAUCCAAUGGCUCGCCAGUCUCAACACCGAGUACUACCCUCCCACGCAGUUCCGCCGAACUAGUAUCAUUUGCACAAUCGGCCCGAAGACCAACUCCGCCGAGAAGAUCAACAUGCUCCGUACAGCAGGUCUGAACGUUGUCCGCAUGAACUUCUCCCACGGAAGCUACGAGUACCACCAAUCGGUCAUUGACAAUGCCCGCGAGGCCGAGAAGACCCAAUCUGGUCGUCCAGUCGCCAUUGCUCUGGACACCAAGGGUCCCGAGAUCAGAACUGGAAACACCACUGGCGAUGAGGACAUCCCGAUCGCGGCCGGCAGCGAGCUCAACAUCACGACUGACGAGAAGUACGCCACAGCCAGUGACGACAAGAACAUGUACGUCGACUACAAGAACAUCACAAAGGUCAUUGAGAAGGGUCGAACAAUCUUCGUCGACGACGGUGUCCUCGCUUUCGAGGUGCUCGAGGUUGUCGAUGAGAAGACUCUCCGUUGCAAGGCUAUCAACAACGGUAAGAUUAGCAGCAGGAAAGGUGUCAACCUUCCCAAGACCGAUGUCGAUCUUCCCGCGUUAUCGGAGAAGGAUCAGAACGAUCUCAAGUUCGGUGUGAAGAACGGUGUCGACAUGGUCUUUGCCAGUUUCAUCCGUCGCGCUGAUGACAUCAUUGCCAUCCGCAAGGUCCUCGGCGAGGAGGGCAAGGACAUUCAAAUCAUCGCGAAGAUCGAGAAUCAGCAAGGUGUGAACAACUUCGAUGAGAUCCUCAAGGUCACAGACGGUGUCAUGGUUGCCCGAGGAGAUCUCGGAAUUGAGAUUCCUCCAGCGCAGGUCUUCAUCGCGCAGAAGAUGAUGAUCACCAAGUGCAACCUCGCGGGCAAGCCCGUCAUUUGCGCCACUCAAAUGCUCGAGUCCAUGACCUACAACCCACGUCCCACCCGUGCCGAAGUCAGCGAUGUCGGAAACGCCGUCCUCGAUGGUGCUGACUGUGUCAUGCUUUCUGGUGAGACCGCCAAGGGCAACUACCCCAGGGAGGCCGUCACCAUGAUGCACGAGACUUGCUUGUUGGCUGAGGUUGCCAUUCCAUACCUCAACUCAUACGAUGAGCUCAAGCAGCUUGCGCCUCGCCCUGUGCCCACUACUGAGAACGUCUGCAUGGCAGCCGUCGCUGCCUCGCUUGAGCAGAACGCUGGCGCCAUUCUCGUCCUUACCACUUCUGGUAACACCGCCCGACUCAUCUCCAAAUACCGCCCCGUAUGCCCCAUCAUCAUGGUCACCCGCAAUGCGCGCGCCAGCCGCUACUCGCAUUUGUACCGUGGCGUCUACCCCUUCCACUACGACCAGCAAAAGCCCGACUACAAGACCACUCCCUGGCAAGAAGACGUCGACUCACGUCUCAAGUGGGGCAUCCAAAACGCCAUCGACCUCAAGGUUCUCAAGCAGGGCGCCCCGGUCAUCUGCGUGCAGGGCUGGCGCGGUGGACAGGGUUUCACCAACACCAUCCGUGUUGUACCCGCCGAGCCCGAGCAUCUGGGCUUGACCCAGGAGGCUUAGUAUGCUCGUUUGAGGACGGCGUUUGGUGAUCUCGCCUGCGAUGGCACGCCCAUGACCGUGAGGCAGAAGAUGGUCGCGUGUGGACAGCAGUGAUGAAUAUUAGAAAGGAUCGAUUCGUGCGGAUGAAGUGUAAUGCAUAUUUACGGCCGUCGUAGUGCUUUGCGAAUGGAAAAUAAUUCCGAUCGCACGUUGCCGUCUGUCGUCGAUAACAUAGCAAUUUCCUGAAAGUGUCGAUAAUGUCGAAGCAUGCUGUAACCCGCCGAGGAAUUUGAGCACCCCAUUUGCUCCGACCGUAACCUACCCUCCUUCUGUACUGUCAGUUUCCUUGAAGCAUUCUGCGGCUGAAGUAUUUCACAUUCUUCAUCCGAACGAGCUGUAUAGGGAAUUAUCUCCCGGGUUUCUAUGGACAAAAGGGCAGAAGUCGUCCG